UAUGGGUUGAUCCUUCAAAUAUUUUUAUUUUGAGUUUCAGUAGAUUGAUGAUGAUAGUAGCUAAUUUUCUGUACCUUAAUAUAUUUUUAAUUUUUUUAACUAUCGUUCAUGUUAAAACAUUCCCUUUCAAGCCUAUUCCUUUCGAAUCAAAACACCAUUCCAAUCAGGAGAUGUAUGAUAUACUGGGUCAAGUUCAUCAAAGCUGUAAAGAAAUUACAAGAGUUUACCCCUUAAAUAUGGUCAGCAAUAAUAAUAAUACACUCUUAGUCAUAGAAUUUACCACAAAACCUGGCCAUCAUGAAUUGACUAAGCCUGAGUUCAAAUAUAUUGGUAAUAUGCAUGGCAAUGAAAUCGUGGGAAGAGAAAUAUUGUUGUUACUAGCAGUUUAUAUAUGCAAUGAAUAUAAACAUGGAAACAAAGAUAUCCAAAAAUUAGUGAACUCAACAAGAAUUCACAUAUUGCCAAGCAUGAAUCCAGAUGGGUGGGAAGAAGCUGUUUGGAAUAAAGUUCACGGCGGAGAUGAUUGGCUCAAGGGGAGGGACAACGCUAACGGGGUUGACCUGAACAGGAACUUUCCCGAUCUCGAUAAGCUGGCCUACGGAAAUGAAUUGGGGAAUUUGGUUUACCGCCCUUUGCCCAACCACAUCGGGAACUCCAGGAAGGCGCAAUUCUUCGAUGUUCCGGAAAAAAGGCAGAACAAUCACUUCUUCAAACUCAUACCCAAACUAAAUUACCGGUUACAACCCGAGACGGAGGCCGUCAUUUGGUGGAUGUUCGAUUAUCCCUUCGUGCUAUCCGCGAACCUCCACGAGGGGGACAUUGUCGCCAAUUACCCCUACGACGAAAGCCGGACCGGGAAUAUUCAGGAAUAUUCCCAAACUCCCGACGAUAUGACCUUCAGAUAUUUGGCCAAAUCGUAUUCGCUGCUUCACCCGAUCAUGUCCAACGCGUCUAGGCAAGCUUGUAGCAUGACGGAUAAAAAUUUCGGAGACCAAAACGGGAUAACUAACGGGGCAGAUUGGUACAGUAUAGCCGGGGGAAUGCAAGAUUUUAACUACCUGGCCACGAACGCUUUCGAAAUAACGCUCGAGCUGAGUUGCGACAAGUUUCCGCCCGCUUCCAAAUUAACCCAGUACUGGGACGACAACAAAAACGCGCUGGUUAAUUUUAUUUGGCAGGUACACAAUGGGGUCAAGGGCGUCAUUUACGACAAAUCGAACGGAAAUAGAACGAUUCCCGGAGCACUGAUCCACGUCAAAAAUCUCACUGACGGGCUAGACAUUGAUCACGAUAUAACCUCCAGCUCUUACGGCGAUUAUUUUAGACUGCUAACCCCUGGUAGCGAUUAUUUGAUAUCGGCCUCAGCCCCGGGCUACGUUAGUCAAAAAGCCGUCGUUCAUAUCCCCGGUCCAUAUAACCCCGCCGGCCCACCACCCGGACCGGCUGUGGUUCACGAUUUUUUCUUAGAAAAUAUUGAACUCUCCAAAAGAUCAAUGGUUUCUAGUUUGGAUUACGACGGGACUUAUUUGGAUCCUGAUACAUUCCCGCCCUAUCAAGUGUACAUGAAAUAACGUCUUGCCUGUAUACUAAUCAAAUCCAAAAUCAUGCUUUUGCACACUGAAUCUACAUUCCCCAAAGAAUUAUUUAAUAUAAAACAUCUAUUAUUUGUAAAAAAAAAAAUUUUUUAUAGCAUAUCCCAAUUAAUCUAUGUCAAAUAUUUGCGUAAAAUUCGUUUUUAUAUUACCAUGUAUACUAUAUAUUUUUUAAAUAGAUAUCGAAAUUAUAAGUGUUUCAUAAUCAUUAUUAACGUAUACUUGAGACACCAUUAUAAUUAUUUAUAUAAAGUAGAUAAUUUAUUUAUAUAGGAACAAAGGGUUAUUUAUAAG